AUGUCGCAACCUAUUAUACUAUACGAUACCCCGUCCAAAGUGCCUGGGAAUGCAUUUUCCGGGAACAUGUUGAAAGCAAGGCGAGUAGCACAGUACACGCUUGCCUACAAAGGCUUGGCCUUCAAGUCCGUCUGGGUUGAAUUACCCGAUGUCGAAGAGCGCAUGAAGGCCAUCGGAGCCAAACCUACUGGGCGUAGACCUGACGGAAGCGAUUUCUACUCUCUGCCUACCAUCCAGGACCCUUCCACAGGUGCUACUGUCUCCGACUCUUUCGCCAUCGCAGAAUAUCUCGACAAGACAUAUCCAUCAACACCCGCUGUCUUCCCCCCCAGCACUAAAGCACUCAUCAGCGUAUUUGAUUCGGCCUUAAUGAACACUAUAGGCCCUGUGUUCCCAGUAAUGGCCGUCGUAGCUGCCCCUAAGUUGUACCCCAGAACCGAGGAGUAUCUUAAGAGGCAGCUUGAGAUUAGAAUGAGUGCUAAGUGGGAGGAUAUUUCGCCCGUAGGCCCAAAGCGAGAGGAGGGCUGGAAAAACAUAAAGGCGGCCUUUGGGGUCAUCGAUGGGUGGUAUUCAAAGAGUGGUGGUAAAUGGAUAAUGGGAGAUACAUUCUCCUAUGCAGAUGUCAUCGUAGCUGCAUGGAUGAGGAGCUUCAGCGUUCUCUUUGAUAAGGAACAAUGGGAAGAUAUGAAGUCUUGGAAUGGCGGACGCUGGGGCGGCAUAGUUGAAGACAUUAACAGGUAUUCCAUCCUGGAUUAAUGUGAGCGCUGCAAUUCUGUAAAUAUAUUUCUACCUUACUGUAGUGAAGCGGAGAACUGGACAAUGUAUGAUACCGAUAGUUGUGUGCCUAAUUAAAUCCCAGUCUUGAAAA